AUGCCUGUUACUGCAGAAAGUAUUACAAGAAAUUUUCAAAAGGCAUAUCCAAAUGAUGCAUUGUAUGUUUGCAAACUCAGAACAUCUGGUGGAUAUGGUUUGUUUUAUGGCACUCAAUUGCUAGAUGUUCAAUUAGAAAAUAAAGAUUGGUUGACAGUUUUCAAAUUAGAAAAAUCUUCCGGAGUUUCUAUCGAUGAUAAUAUUGUCAAACAAAAAGCAUUUCCUUUUGUUUAUGAUACAAAAGGUAUAAUAGAUAAUGAAGCACGAUGUGUUCGACUUCGUAACAGUUUAAAGACUGUAUUUUCCAAUCAUUACGUCAAUAUAUUUAUUUAUAAUGAAGCCUGGGCAUAUAAUGGUCUGGCUUUGGGCUUUGCUGAGUUUAGAAAUGAUGCUACGAAUAAAUAUGUGUUUGGUUUGAGAAAACUAUAUGGAAAUUUUAGAAUGGAAUGUUUAAAACCAAUGAUUGCAAAUAUCACAGAUUUUGAUUUAGAAUAUUUGGAAUUAAAAGUAGCUGGAAUAUCUGAUAUUCUUAUUCAUAAUUGA